AGCGUCACUUCGCGAUGCCAGGACAUGACAGGGCUUCUGAGGGAGCUCAGAGCAAGCGUAAACGUAGAGGAGAGCACCAGGAUCGCGGAGAUGUUGAGCAUGGUACGCAGCCCUCGUAAGAUGGUUCUGAUGCCAAGUUCGGCACUUGACGUAUUCUUAGGUCGAAGAAGAGAUAUCCGAAGCUCGGCAGUCGACGCCACGGUCGAAUCCUGACACUGAGCUAAGCUCCCAGGGAGAUAGAGAACUGGGCGCUCCGAACACUCACGAAGAGAUGGACACUGAGUCCCUGGACCUUCUGGACGAAAAUCUGAACACAAACGAUCGCGCUCGUGCUACUGGUUUCGUUGGGAAGAAUUCCGAGAUACAGUGGUUACGCGCAGCUGCGACGGCAGAGACAGACCGAGCGGACGAUGAAGCUAGACGAGCAGGGCAUCAACCAAGAGGCUCAUAUGCGCCGGGUAGUGACCAAGUGAGUUCCUUUAGCUUCUGGGCUGAUGACGAAAACGUCGACGUGGACUUUUACGUCGACCCAUAUGAGCUGCCGCAGCCGGAGACAGCUGAGCACCUGCUGUUGUGUUACAUGGCUAAAGUGCAAGAUUCAUUUCCCAUUCUCGCUCGCAAGUUUUUUGAGGAUCAGUUCCGGAGGUGUUUCACGGCAGUGCAUAACGGAAAUGCACCCCAGCUUAAUCCAAUGUGGCAGGCCAUCCUGAAUCUGGUUUUUGCGAUUGGUGCGAAGUAUUCGCAUCUUGUCAAGGCAAGCUGGCGAGCUGACGAGCGCGAUCAUCUCAUCUAUCAAGCGAGGGCGCGAGCGUUUGGUUUGAAUGAAUCAACCAUAACAAAUCAUUCGGAUUUGUAUCAAAUCCAGAUGCUUGGGCUCCUGGCAUUCUACUGGCUUACUGUUGGUCAGAUCAAUCGGGCGUGGACUAUAAUCGGGAUGGCCCUGCGGUCCGCCUUCUCACUCGGCUUCCACGUUCGCAAUGAAGAUCCAUCCGCCUCGAUAGCAACACGAGAGAAACAUGUCCGCACAUGGUGGAGUUUGUACUCACUCGAGCGAACACUCAGCAUCGUGACGGGUCGACCCAGCAUCAUCGUCGAUUCGUGUUGCUCGGUGCCGUGGCCCAUAGCAGUCCCGGAAGAGCAGAUGAGCGCAAUACACCGCAUGCGUACAGGUUCUACAACAACUCUCAGUUCCCCAACUGAAGCUCACGCGGGAACGGAGCCUUUCCGAGCCCCAGCGAGUCUAGGAAGUGCUCGUGCCGACUCCGGGUCGUACUUCAAGGCGGCAAUCCAGUUGUCAAACAUUACCCAGAGUAUCUUGACUUCGCUUUAUUCUGCAGGCACCAUGAUUCGAUCUCCAGGCGAGAUCCAGCUAGACAUGGCCCAACUCGGUGUGCGUCUUGACCAGUGGGUCGCAGCUUUGCCCGCCGAAUUCAACUUCCAGAUGACGCCCAAUUCGACCAGCAUGACGUUCUUCCGUGAGCGCAUGCUCCUUGGUUUCCAACUGUGCAGCGCCAGGAUGCUACUGACACGCCCAUGUCUCGGCGGUCGGAGGCACACCCGGAAGGAUGAACACGAAGCAAGCUCCACACGACGCAUUGCGACAAGCUGCAUCGACGCUGCAAAGACAGUCAUUGACUUUCUCCCCGAUGAUCCGAACCCUCUUUUUAUCUAUGACCAAGGUCCCUGGUGGUGCAUCGUCCAUCAUAUGAUGCAGGCAUUGUCCGUCUUCUUGCUGGGUCUUUCCUCGGCCUCGCCUACGUCGAACGGUAACCUGGUACUGGUUCAUUAUGUUAAGAAAACUGUCCGUUGGCUGCGUAGCAUGCCAGACCCUGUGGCUGGACGUGCGUAUUCCGUCGCUCUCAGGUCUUCCGAAGGCAUAAUUAGGCGACUGUCCCUUGAUUUUUCCGACCUAUGGAUAGAGGAUGCGAUGAUGGUCCGGCGUCGAGAGGAGCCAGAACCAGCACCUCCCGCUGGUAUACCUGGUUAUCUGUCAACUCAGUUCACCAUGGCGCCUCCUUCAGCAACUCAUGCAACGAUGACGACCUUCGCGGCGUAUGAUGGUAUUAUGACUGACGCGGAUUUUCCUACUCUCAAUCGGGUCCACACACUUCACGACCCAUAUUAUGUAACAAAAUGAGAGGCCUGUUGAAGAGGGGAAAUGUGUUAUGUUCUGUGUUGGACCGGCGUAUAUCUUGGUCUUUAGGAGUUUUUCCACCGGCGCGGCGUUUCCUGGAGCCGGUAAAUGAGCACCAUGCUCACCUUUUUGUGUAUAUAAUGGCAUCAAAGGAGAACAAGAGUGAAUCGUCAAGGAGCAAAGGAGGUUUUCGAUAUGUUUCGAUGGAGAAAUAUACAGUUGAUCUAGCUCACUAGUUUUGACGUCAUGCGUGGUUGAGGAUUGGAAACUGGCACCGCAAUCAAGACAACUCUCAUAUAUAGCGUCUAAACAUCUGGGUCUCUGUACUCUAUAUACAAUAAUUCAGCCCCCAAUUCCAGCG